AUGGAGCUGGGCACCCUUGUCAACCGGGUCCCAUUCUCGAAGAAUGGCCUCCAGGUACUUGCUGGCAUGUACCUGGGUGGUCUUCUUCUUGGAUGGGACCAGUACGGCCUGUUCGAUUCCCUCUUCGACACGGGCAUCGACCCCGAGAUGUGCGUGCUGCACUGGAACUUCAGUGCACUGCUGAGCGAGAUGAUGCUGGUCAUCAACCUCGGAAAGGCCAACGCUUUCCUUCUGCGCCUGAACAUGGCACCCGAGUACAUCUGGCUCGGUCUUCACUGGGCUGGGACCCCCGAAAACGUCCCAAUCUCCGCAUACCUCUCCUCCCUCGGCGACCUCCUCGCAGACCGUCCCCUGCUGGCAGGGGCGGUCUUGCACCGAACCGACCCCGUCAACCAGCAAUGGCAGCCCAUCAUGGGCGCCCUGCUGCAGUACCUCGACUCGGCCUCGGCCUCCGUUGCCCCCGCUACCUCCGACGUCAACAUGGAGAUUUGUGGCGUCGAGACCCCUCCGCCCUCCUAUGCCGACACCAUGCUUCGGGAUCUGUCGACCGACAUGGACGUUUGCGAGACUCCUGCCAUUGGUCUCGCCGCCGAAGUGCCCUCGCGUCCUGCCAUGAGCCCCGACUGCAAGGCUUCGCCAACGGCCAAGAAGGCCUACCGUGCCCGUUACUAG